AUGCCUUCCAACAAUUGUGCCGUCAUUGGAUGUGAUACAAAAUACACCGAUAAACAUAUCAUACGACAUCGUUUUCCUAAGGACGAGGAGACUUGUGGUGUAUGGGUCCAAAAAUCAGGAAACAAUGAUUUAUUAAACAAAUCGCCAUUGCAGAUAUUCAAUUCUUACAUAAUUUGUGAGAAACACUUCGACGCCAGCUGUAGUACCCCAGGUUUUAAAAAACUUAUUCGUGGUUCUAUUCCUACUCUUAAUCUUCCAGGUUAUUCCUCGGGUUAUUCACUAGCAAAAAAAAAAAAUCAAAUUGAUGAUUUAUUACCUAUUUGUAUGAAUUAA